CUUGUCUCCUCGCGCCCGCUCAACAGGCUCGGGAGGCUCCGCAAGCCCCGCCCCCCUUUUAAAUCCACCUGUCGUCCCACCUGGACACGAGCGUCACUGACAAGGCUGCGACAUGGGAGGUUUUUACUCUAGUGAGAAGAUGGCUGGAGUUUUCUCCUAUGAGAGCUCAGAAAUCGACUGGUGUGAAGACAACUACAAACACUCUGAGCACGUAGUGGAGUACUUCAACACCAUGAGCAGCUUCUUCUUCUUCAUCAUAUCUCCCAUCAUGCUCUACCUGCUGCACCCUUACGCCAAAGAGAGGAACCUGGCGGUCCACAUGGUCUGGACCAUGAUGAUAUUCGUGGGUCUCUUCUCCGCCUACUUCCACAUGACUCUCAGUUUCGUCGGCCAGAUGUUGGAUGAGCUGUCAAUCUUGUGGGUAUUGGCGGUGGGAUAUUCUAUCUGGUUCCCUCGUAGGCUCUUCCCUUCCUUCAUAAAAGACAGGUCCACAUUUUCAAGGCUCGUCCUGCUGAUUACCAUCAUCUCCACCCUGUCGUCGUUUGUCAAACCUAUCGCUAACGCCUACGCUCUGAACUGCUUUGGCCUCCACCUGCUCUACACCCUGAUUGUUGAGAUGAGAUGCUGCACUGACCAGAAGGCUCUGCGUCUCGCCAAGCUGUCGGUGGCUCUGUGGGCUCUCGCCAUCUCCUGCUGGAUUAGUGACCGCUUUGGCUGCAGUUUUUGGCAGAAGCUAAACUUCUGCUACCUGCACGGAUUCUGGCACAUCCUGAUCGUGAUGGCUGUAGCGUACGCCAGCACCCUGAUAGCUUACCUGGACGCCAACUACGAGAUACCGUACUCGCUGCCUGGCCUUCAGUACUGGCCCUCUGAUAAGUGGGCUGUCGGUUUACCCCACAUCGUCCUGAAAGGCACCACCAAGACUCAAAAACGUUGUUAGCAGCGUUGAGAUCGAGCCAGGAAGGACACUUUUGUUGAUGAGGACCUCAACGCGACCAUAUUGUUACCGCACAGACGGAAUCUGUGAUCCAGAUGUAUGUCAAGUCUCCAGCAGCAACGUUAAAACGUCAGGAAGCAAAUGUCUAUGUUACAGAAACUUACAGACAACAGAUAAAACCCAAGUUUACAAAUACUGAAAAAGGCUCAUUAUAUAUCGCGGAUGAAUUAGGAGAAUGUGCACUGAAGUGUUUACAGUUGUUUUGAAUGGAAAAGUGCGGUAAAAGUCCUGUUAGUGUAGAUGGGUGUGAGAUGCAAUACUGUUUAAAUAGAGGGGGGAAAUAGUUACACCCGGUCGUUCACAUAGAAAAGCAAGUGGAAAAUGUCUGUGGAAGAAGUAGAUCAAACUAUGCCUUCCUUUUCACCUCGGCACAGCUGGCCAGGAAGUGGGUGUAAGUGUCAGCCUGUCAGGUUUGAAAAGGUAACACAAGUCGCUGACAUGAUGAACCCUCGUAAUCUGAUGUUAGAGAGGUGAAAGGCUUUCUGGAGCACAUCAGAAGAUAUAUGCCGGCAGCUUAAGCCAGUGUGCUCCACCUGAGGGGAUCUUCAUGUUAAAAAGUAAAUCUUGGAGGCUGCAAAUGUCACCGGGGAAACACUACCCUCCAAAACUUUGUUAAAGGUGGACUGAAACAGAUGUUUUUACUUUGACGUCAGUGAGAUCAUAACACGGCAGCAAGUUUAGAUUUUUACUUUAACAUGAUUUGUUUGCAGCGAUAUAAUCAUUUAAAGAACACAAUCAGAAAGUAGCUGACUGGCCAAGUUUUCUUUCAAGCACAGAAAGAAUUAAGAAGUUAGUUAUAUAAGUUUUUGCAAAGGUCAGUUACGAGCAGAGAAGCACAGCACAGCGGUAACACUUAGGGCCAACUAACAAUACACACAAUAUACAGGCACUGCACAGAAUAUAUGGUGAUAUAGAACAUUAGAUAUACAGACAGACUGAAGCAAUAGAUAACAAGCGUGUGUGUGAUGGUGCAAAUAUUAUAUGCAUCAUGGAGCUGAGAGUCUUUUUGAGGAUAUCUACGCAAAAAAUGUGUGAGAUCCGAGUCCACAUUAGCGUUAUUAAAACUAUUGUGUCAAUUUGUUUUGCAGCUGCAACAGUGUGCAUUGGGUUUAACUGAGCUUAUUGUCUUAUAAUCCAUCCAGGAUUUACAGCAACUCAGACAACAAAAAAACAAACUUUGCAUUAUUUAUAAGGCCACAGUGGUUGUUUUGUUAGAUUAUAGAGAUUUUAGAUUCAUUUACAAAACGCUUCUCCAACAACUUCUUUUCACAUAAAUCUGUGUCCUGAUUUUCAGUUUUCAAGGCUGUACUGGAAAAAAUACAUAAAAAAAAAAUACUUUUUAAAAAAAAAAUAUUAUUUCAUUUAGGAAAUAAUUCACAAAGCUGACUGAUCUUAAAAUUCUACAGAGGCUGUAACUUUACAUAUCUUUUUUUACAUUUUAAGUUUAAGUUCAUUUCAUUUAUAUCGCACCUUAAAAGAAAACAGCAUUUGCACCAAAGUGCUUCACAUUCAACAUGUCACAUAAACAUGCAGAUCAACAUCACUGUGUCAACAAAUGAAACGCUAUUAACACCCAAGAUUUUUCAGGUUUUAAGAUGUUAAUCAUCCAAGGUUGAGAGUUUAAAGAAGACGAAUGGUUUCAUUAAAUGCCUCCUGAAUGACUGGUGAGAAAUGAGAUUGUGUUUCUGGACCAUGUAAAUGUUUUUUGUGUUAUUCCGAUAGUGUUGUUGUUGUUUUUUUUUUCUUUUUUCCCACAAUAUCCUGAUAUAAUUAUACUGUGAGUGUUCUUAAAUGAAACCAUUGUUAACUGAACUUACUCUAGGAGUGAAGCUUUACAGGUGGGUUUUAGUAUACCUCAACGUGUAGCUACUUUGACUGUCGAUGUAUGUGUUUGUGCAUCAGAUAUUUCUCUACACAUCUGUAUGGCUGACCGGCAGUCACGUGCAAAUGUCCUGUGUGUGGCUGACCCUAAUUCACCAAAAACGACCUGUAACAAGCAUUUUUUAUUGAGUAUGUUGAUGUUUUGAGAAUAUUCACGGACACUGUGCCUCUAUUCACAUGAUCUUUCCUGAAGGACUCAAUACAUUCAACAAUGGACCUGUUGCACACACACAAAAAAAAAGUGCUCAGGUGUUCACUUCACUUCAGAGUUUAACAGUGACCUCUUGUGGACGAUAUUACAAUAUCAAAUAAUCGGCAAUGACUUUAGCCAAAAUAAGGGACAGAAUAAAAUAUAUGAUUCUGUUUUAUUCUGUGUAUUAUGUUUUUUUUUUUUCUCUCUGACAUUUUAAUGUGAAAUAUUGUGUUUCUUCACGAACAUCCUUCAACUGGAGCGAUUUUAUAUGCACAGCUGAUCUGGCUGGAUUUAUAAAUAAAGCUCUGAAAUUUGAGCCUCUCUGCACACUGAAA